GUGAAAGAAAGUCACUAAUAAUGAACACUAAUCAAUCACAUUCAAAUAACCGAAACAUUUCGAGAAAAUUCUAAUUUUAUCUCUACUCUAAUUUAUAAUGAUGUUAGGAAUAUUGAUAAUUUACUUUUUUUUUCUCUCCAUACAAUGCCAAAAUAUAAGUCCAAAAUUUAGUAAAAUUUGGGGACCAGGUUUGCAUCCUGAUAAAAUCGUUAUGCCAGCGAGGUAUUUCUUCAUUGAGGCAAGAGAUAUUAAUAAUAUAAGAUUGAACAAUUCCAUUGGUGAUGCAUUUAAAAUUGUUAUAGAGGGUCGAGUUAGGGAAGACAAACCAUGUAGAAUAUACACCAACACUCUAGAUAGAAAAGAUGGUUCUUAUAUUGUUAGGUAUAAGCUAUUUGAAAAAUGUGAUAAUCUAUUGAUAAGUAUUAAAUACUCUGGAGUGAACGUUGCUGAAUCUCCUUAUAAGUUUUCUAAAGAAAUUCUUUCUGAACUGUGUAAUUGCCCAAGGGGAGAAUUGUCUUAUUUAUUGGAUAGUUGGGAGUGUGGGGCAAUUCCUAAACAAUUAUUUGAAGAUCUUUCAAAUUUUCAUAGCAUAGAUUGGGAUGAUCUAAGAUCCAAGGUUAUUGAAAAAUUUGAUAAGCCUUAUUCUGUAAGUUUAUGUCAUUAUGUAAUCAAAAGAAACAAAAUAUACAGAAAAUGUUAUGGACAAUAUGUUGGAUUUAAAAUGUUUAUGGAUAGUAUUCUCUUAUCUCUUACUCGAAAAGCUGCUAUACCUGAUGUUGAAUUUUUUGUGAAUUUAGGCGAUUGGCCUUUAGUAUCUAAAAGAGAUGACACAUUAUUUCCCAUUUUUUCAUGGUGUGGAAGUGAAGAUAAUUUUGAUAUUGUUAUGCCGACUUAUGAUAUCACAGAAUCUACAUUGGAAAAUAUGGGAAGAGUUAUGCUGGAUAUGCUGUCAGUACAGGGAAACACUAAAGGUCCUUGGUGUGAGAGGUAUUCUAAGGCUUUCUGGAGGGGUAGAGAUUCAAGCCAAGAAAGAUUAAAAUUAAUCGAGAUAUCAAGAAAACAUCCAGACAUGUUCAACUGUUCUCUCACUAACUUCUUUUUCUUCAAAAAGGAAGAAACUAUAUAUGGACCAAAAGCUGAACAUGUUUCUUUCUACAAAUUUUUUGAUUAUAAAUAUCAAAUAGGUCUAGAUGGAACUGUGGCGGCAUAUAGAUUUCCUUAUUUGCUGGCUGGUGGUUCUCUUAUUUUCAAACAAGAUUCAAAAUAUUAUGAGCAUUUUUACAACACAAUGGAGCCAUUUGUUCAUUAUGUUCCCAUCAAGAGAAACUUGGAAGACCUUGUUACGAAAAUUGAGUGGGCUAUGAAUAAUGACGAGAAAGCCAGAAAAAUUGCAGAAAAUGCUAAAUUAUUCUCCAAUGAAUAUCUGUUACCAAAAAAUAUUUAUUGUUAUUACGGCCAAUUAUUAAGUGAAUUUAGUAAGAAAAUUACCAGUAAGAUAGUUGUUUUAGAGGAUAUGGAAGAAGUGGAACAACCAAAUCAGAAGAAUUCCUGUGAUUGCGCUUCAUUGUAUAUUAAAGAUGAGUUGUAGGAUUUAGAAGUUUAAUUUAGUUAGUGGAACAAAAUUGAAAUGUGCCAUCAAUGUAUUGGAAUUAAAUUCCUUUGAUUAUUACAUCGAAAUAUACUAUAUUUUCAUGAUUCAUAUGAAUGAAUAA